GACCUUUCCGCUGUGUUCUAGGCUCAUGUCUUAAAGAAGCUGGGAGCUGCUCAUCGAGCUGCAGUGAAAGUUCUUCAGGUGUUCAUCCAGCAGCUGCCUGACCAGUACAGCGGGGGAGGGGGGCUGCCGGCCGUGUACCAGGACCUUGGUCAUGUGAUCAAGCAGCUGUCCCAGGUGUCUGCACAGCUGCAGGUGGGGUCAGCCGAGGUCAUGUCGGCAGAGAGUCUGCUGCAACUACUGGGUAGGACACAAGUACAGCCCAAGCCUUCCUCAGAAGUCACAGCACACAAGAGGGUACCUGAAGGUCGUAUGAAGGUCAAGACAAGACGUGGCCAGCCUGUCUGGAAAGACAGGCCUGCACGGACAGGGCCCAGACUGCACCCAGCUCACAGACUGGAGGAGGAUAUGUCACAACUACUGCACCAGGAGACAAACGAUGGAAACCCAGAGAGGGAAGACAUUCUCCGUGCAGGUAUUGCUGCUUUAAGAAGGACCAGCGCCAGGAAACCUGGGAAGGUGCAACGUCUUACCCAUCCCGCUAGGCGGAGGGGGGUUCUGGUGUCCCCAAAGUCAAAGAGGACACCACGGCGACCGCCACACUCUCCCGUAGGCAAGCACACGCUGGCGUCCUGGGCCAAGGUCAAACCACCGCUACCAUAUAUGGGCAAGGAGAACAGGACGCCACCGCCAAGCCCCCCUCCCCAACAUGUCAGGUACAGAGAACGAUCUUUGUCACCCAGAGGGAGCUCCCUCAACCCCCAUAAGAGCCCCAAGGUGGGGUCGGCUGUAAGAAGAAGUUUAAACUACAGAGACACUUUCAGGAACCAAGAAGCCUUAGAGAGAAGAAGGGAAGAAAUAACGGAUCCUUCCAGACACCCCAGGACAUCUCAAGAUGCUAGAAGGAGCCUUGACUUUAAGGAGGAGUACAGAAACCCAGGAGGAGUGGAGAUAAGAAGGGAUGGUCUAACCUAUAGUCCUUCAAGACUUUCCCCUAAUGGCAGAAGGAAUGCAGACUUGAGGAACUUGUACGAAAACCCAGACAUGGAGAAGAAAGGGGGAGAAAUACCUGAAGACUUCUUAAGUCACCCAAGAACCUCCUUAGGGUCUUUGAGUAGUCAUCAGGACAUGUAUGGGGGUUAUGAGGAAACCAGAGGAAGGCAAUCUAGGGACGUAUAUGGGGUUGUUAAAGAAACUGGAGGAAGGGAUGUGAAUGGAGGUUUUAAGAGAGCUGGAGAGAGGGGAGGAGAACAUGAGGGCUUGUAUGGGGGUUUCCAGGAUGCUGGAAUGAGGAGAGAAGUUGAGGAGCGUUACCUCGACAGGAGAAAGCAGCUAGGAGACAACUUACCUGUCUUAAGGAACGCGGUUCUCGAUCAAGUGUUUGAAAACACGUCUGCAGAGCUGCAGAGGUUAGAAGGUCAGAGGUCAGCCCACCAGGAGGUCAUCGCCCUACAGGACAUGUCAACCUUGAACAACAUCCUACAGAAGCUACAGCUGGUGGAGAACCGGUAUGCAUUCAGCUAG